AUGAAGCCCAGAAAAAUCAAGAUAAUAGAGAGCAACGUAACUCUAAGGGCAAGGGUAGAGGAGACAGAGAUCCUGGCCUCCGAAAACCUCAAAUUCAACCCUCCCAAGCCGUUCAAGGACGCUCCCAACAAAGAUACCAUUAAAUACUGUGAAUAUCACAAGGGGAGUGGCCAUGAUACCAACGAUUGCUAUCAGUUGAAGAAGCAAAUUGAGUACUUUGUAAAGGCGGGUAAGUUGGCUCACCUGGUUCGAGAUAUAAAACAAGGCCCUCCACCCAACAAAGACGAGACUGACAAAGGGGCGGGCAAAAGACAGCGGGAGCUUAAUAUGGUAUACGCCGACAAGAGAAAGGGAGCAAAACGGAGUUUCUCCACACUCGAAUCCUGGAUGCUGGCAACCAUGACAAUCGAACCACGCGUAGAGGAUUUACACCUCACCACUGACCUCCUAAUCAUAUCCGCCGUGGUAGGCGACUAUAAUAUAAGAAGAAUCCUGGUAGACACUGGGAGUUCUGAGGACACCAUCUAUGAGCACUGUUUUAACAGAAUGCAACCAGAAGACAGAAAAUUGCUAGUACACGCCCCUAUCAAAGGGUUCACCGGAGAAAAGGUUGAUCCAAUCGGCCAAAUUACUUUCCCAGUUACAUUCGGACAAACCCCCCGAGAAAGAACCAUACUCCUCACGUUUCUUGUGCUACGCGCUGAGUUUUACCAUAAUGUAAUCAUUGGAAGGUUUACCUAG